GUUAAGAGGGUCAUCAAAGAACAGCAGAGAGGGAAACGAAAAUGACAUCUCCAGUACUAGCGACAGAUUCUCCCACAAAAAAACCAAAAAUGGGGUCAUUAUUUGGAGACUUAUUCAAAUCAUUAGCCAUAUCAGGUCUACUCAUCUUCCUCUUCUACAUAAUUUUGUUCGACAAUACUACACACAACUCCCUCAUACAGAAAUGGCCAAUACCAAUUACAAACAGCACUAAUCUUAUUUCAAGUACUCCUGAUCCUAAUAACCCCAUGAUAAAAACCAACCUAAGCCACCUCGUUUUCAGCAUAGUUGGCUCCAUGAACACGUGGAAGAACAAAAGGCACUACUCCGAAGCCUGGUGGAGACCCAACGUGACUCGAGGAUAUCUUUUUCUAGACAAACCACCCAAAAACGAGUUCCUCCCUUGGCCAUCUUCGGCCCCACCAUUUCGCGUGAACGAAAAGGUCAAGGCAAUAUACGAAAGAGCCUCGAACCCUUCUCAGGUUAGGAUUGUGCGGACGAUUCUUGAGAUGGUUAGAGAAGGUGACGAGAAUGUUAGAUGGUAUGUGAUGACUGACGACGACACCGUUCUGGCAUUGGAUAACUUGGUAGAAGUUUUGAGCAAGUAUGAUCAUACUAAGUACCAUUAUAUUGGUACCAGUUCUGAGUGUAUCAGGUCCAACUACGAUUUCUCGUUCGAGAUGGCCUUUGGGGGAGCUGGCUAUGCGUUGAGUUAUCCUUUGGCUUCCUUAGUGGCUUCCAAGUUGGAUGGCUGUCUUAAGAGAUAUCCCACUUUGAGAGUCAGUGAUUUCAUGCUGUAUUCUUGUUUGGCUGAUCUUGGUGUUGCCCUCACUCAUAACAAUGGCUUUCAUCAGAUUGAUCUACAUGGUGACAUAUCAGGACUACUUUCAGCUCAUCCACAGACUCCAUUCCUCUCCCUCCACCACAUUGACACCGUAGACCCGAUCUUCCCCAACAAAACCCGACUCGACUCCAUCAAACACCUCAUGAAGGCAGUUAAAGUUGACCCCUCUCGUGUUCUCCAACAGACAAUAUGCCACCACAGGCCCACCAACUGGUCUAUCUCCAUCUCAUGGGGCUACUCCACAAACAUCUAUGAAGCCACACUCCCUCGCAGUUUUCUGCGCAGACCACUCGAGACUUUUCGCCCAUGGCGGGGACAAAGAUCAAGUAGGUCACCUUUCUACAUGUUCAACACACGGUGGCCGACCAACAAUCCCUGUGAAACUCCUCAUGUCUUCUUCUUCCACUCCACACAGGAGUCCAAUGAUCGAAUUAUGAACACUUAUGUAAGAGCAUCUUCUCCAACCUUAGCACCUUGUGGUAACCACUCUGCCAAUCACAUUCAAAGAAUUCGAGUCUUUUCUCCUGCAAAACUGCCACUGGAGAGUAAUGGAAGAGACUGUUGCGACGUGGUAUAUGGAGAUGGAGAAAACACUACAGAGGUCAGAUACAGAGCAUGUACCAAGGAAGAUGUCACAGCUUAAUUUAACAAGAGAAGGGCAUGAAUGUACUAAGCUUAAAUUUAGAUUUAACUUUCCGAUUAGUAAGUUAUAUGGACUGCGACGGAAAUGAAUACUAGAUAUGUUGAACAAUAAUUGCUUGAUAAUCAUACAGCUUCGGGAUAAAGAAGAUCAUGCAUAAGAGUUUUCAAUGGUUGGUGAUUUUCACAGGAACCACUAAUGACAAGAAACAAAACUCAUGGUCAUGAUUCGCUUGGCUUGUUGUGCAUACGUAUUCUCGUUAAUAACUGAACUAAUAAAAAAGGCAAUACUACAAUAUUUUUGGAGCCAUAAAACUAUAGUAAUUUGCUCGAACCACAGAAUACAGAUCUCUUCAAUAAUUACAAAAACUCAUUCCAUAAUAAAGAAAACAACAACAAUUCAAGUUUAUGUAACAGUGUACCACAAAUCCUCAUGAAUGGGGUUGAAAUUAUAAUGGACCAGAAACUAAUUAUCAAAAUCCCAUGUGUUAGCACUGUCAAGAGCUGUAAAUGUACUACGACAAAGAAUAUCCAAAGCA